CACAUCCCACAUAGUCGCGCGACAUUCAGCAACAACAAUGGCCAAGCGUAGUCUGUGGCGGUAGGAGCUCUGUCUCGCUCUCUCGUCGGAGUCCUCCCUUCCCCGCUUUCACUCGAUUUUUGGACUCGGCGGCGGCGAAAAAUCCACCCGUAGAGACUGGCGCUGGUGUUUUAUUUUUUAUUUUUUGUUUGAUAUCACUCAUCCCACAAUGUUCGAGGCGAGCCCACACGGACCGUGCGUGUGUGUCCCCGCUGCUGCUUCUUCUUCUUGGCCGCUGGGUUGCGGCUACUAACCUAGCUGCUUUUCACUCGGUGCUUAGCUAACGCUUUUAGCCCCCCACACGCCCACCCCCGUCGUUUUUUUCCAACAACAAGCCAAUGUUUUAGGGUAUUUGCGUGAACCGCUUCAUGACAACAACUGUUGCCAACUACCUACUAUUCGUCAAAGAAGCGUGCGUGUAUGUUUGUCGCGGAAACUAGUUUGCGGGCUAGCUAACAGGCUAGCUAUUUGUGUGCGUGUGUGUGUGCGCGUGCGUGUGUGCGUGUAUUCGCGUAAAGGAAGGAAAACGGCGAGUUUCCUUUUUAACAAAGUAUGGAUGACCAGACGAGGAUGCUGACGGGUCUCACCGGACUUGGUGGACUACAGCCAGGCGACGUGGGCGACCCGGACUCUGUUCGGAAACAGCAGUCCCUCGGCCAGCCCCAACAAGACAUCGGGGAUAUCCUACAGCAAAUAAUGGCCAUCACCGACGAGAGCCUGGACGAAGCACAGGCCAGAUGCUGGCCAGAAGAUUCGCCGGCGCAUUGGGGUGGAUCAGACGACCCCACAGAGGGAGGGAGAGCAGGGGGGGGCACGGCAGGGGGUGGCCUGCCAGUCAACUUCCAGUACAGGAAGCAUGCCCUUAACUGUCACCGAAUGAAGCCAGCCCUGUUCAGUGUUCUCUGUGAGAUCAAAGAGAAGACAGUUUUGAGUAUACGAGGCGUGCAGGAGGAAGACCCCCCAGAUCCGCAGAUCAUGCGUCUGGACAACAUGCUACUGGCAGAAGGCGUGUCCGGGCCAGAGAAAGGUGGCGGGUCUGCUGCCGCGGCGGCCGCGGCAGCUGCGGCGGGCGGCUCGCCCACUGACAGCAGCAUCGAACACUCUGACUACAGAGCCAAACUCGCUCAGAUUCGCCAGAUAUACCACUCGGAGCUGGAGAAGUAUGAACAGGCAUGCAGCGAGUUCACCAACCAUGUAAUGAACCUGCUGAGAGAGCAGUCUCGAACACGGCCCAUCUCGCCCAAGGAGAUCGAGCGCAUGGUGGCCAUCAUCCACCGCAAGUUCAGCUCCAUCCAGAUGCAGCUCAAGCAGAGCACCUGCGAGGCCGUCAUGAUCCUGCGCUCGCGCUUCCUUGACGCCAGACGCAAGAGGCGCAAUUUCAACAAGCAAGCGACAGAGGUGCUCAACGAGUAUUUCUACUCCCACUUGUCUAAUCCUUACCCAAGUGAGGAGGCGAAGGAGGAGCUGGCCAAAAAGUGCGGGAUCACAGUGUCUCAGGUCUCUAAUUGGUUCGGCAACAAGAGAAUACGUUACAAGAAGAACAUCGGCAAGUUCCAGGAGGAAGCCAACCUCUACGCAGUCAAGACAGCAGUGGACGCCGCCAACGUGUCGGCGCAAGCCAGCCAGGCCAACUCACCGGCGACUCCCAACUCAGGCGACGGCUACGUUGGGCUGCGAUUGCUCAACGGGGAGGGCAUCGGCAUGGCACCCUCUCUGCAGCCGCAGGUGGAUACCCUGCACCGUGCUACACACCUGACGGGCGGCUAUGAGGAGCUGUCAGGUAGUGGCCUCUACACCCCUCAUCGCCUGGAUGCUAACAGCUGGCAGGACCCCACCAACCCCCCCUCUGUCACCUCCCCUCCCGGAGCUCCCAGCAGCGUCCACUCAGACACCUCCAACUGAUCCGGGUGGCUUCCGCCUUCGGCCGUUUCCACUUUUAGGGUUGCGGGGGGGAGGGCGGAGGGGCUGGGGCGGCGUCUUCUCUCACUCACCCCCAUCUUGGACUCAACGGGAUCAUGUCAUGAACACAACACACUGUGCUGGAACACAGGACAGCAGCGCAACUCUGGACUUUCCUACCACACCCGUGUCAUAAUGUUCACACAUACAUAUGUAUAUGCUCAUUAUCUUCACACACACGCUCGCGCUCUUCACCUGCGGCUUCGUUCAAUUGGUCGCCCUCCCCAGCAGGCUCUUACCAAAGCGUCGCCGCCCGGCUCGUCAUCGGCAUCACCGCGUUGCACUGUUAGCAUCCUUGUUAUGAGCGUGGAUAGCCGUGGCUAACCGGUUCGCAGACCAAGAAGAAGAGUGGGUGGAACUAAUCGCCCCCUUUUUUUUUUUUUUUUUGGUCAUUAGGUUUGCCUCCUUUUUUUUCUGUCUGAUUGUAGACCAUUUUGUGUGCGUGUGGUUUUGUUUUUUGGGUGAGAAUGCACCAGCCGCCACCAAAAAUCCCCACACGCUGCCAAUAGCUCAUCGGAGAGGGCGAGGGAGGGAAGGGGCUGGUGAUGGCGAGGGCGUCCAUCUGGAAUCUCGCAACUCUAGUCUUCCAUGCAUGUUAGGGCUCGUUUUAGCCGCACGUUCUCGUCUUCAUUCAGCCCCGCCCACUCUCACUUUUUACCUUGGUUUUUAAUUAAGAAAAACAAAGAGAAUUAAAAGGUUAGAACUAUUACAGUCAGACCAAAACAAAAAACAAAAACGAAA